AUGUCUCAUCGACAAGUUCAAUUGGCGUUCAACGAGGACCAUCCAUCAUCAAAGUACUUUUCUAAAGAACCUUCGGAAGAUUCAUUGAUCGCCUUUCCUUAUAGUCAAUUUGACGUUGUCAUACCGGAUAUCAACGAAAAGGAAUUGAAAGAGAUGGGAGUGGCCGUCGAUUGUGAAAACUUAUCGCCCGGCUCAUUUUCAUCGACGCCUUUUCCAGUUACUGGGCAAAUCCAUGGCCGAAAUCUUCGUUUAAUGGCUCCCCUCGUUUGUCAACAUUGUGUACGGCCGAAUAGACCGGUUCUACAUGUCUGGUUUCUGAUCGAUACGGGCUCGCCCUUCACCACAUUGACUGUCAAGACACUCGAAAGGCUAAUCGGACCUGGUUUCACCAACCACCAAUACGACGUCUAUAUUCAGGACCGGGAAAAGAAGAUUCGAUGCCAUAUCUCACGCGCCCACUUUUCCGAAGUAAACGUCUUGGGGAUGGAUGCCAUCAUGAAACUCAAAUUGACCAUAAAAUUCGACUGGAAAGUAUCGGAUGAUACUUUUGAUCUGUUUGGUGGUAUAUUGGGAAUGAGGACAAUCAUAUCGAAAGAAUGGCAUUCUGUCAAUAGAAUUGCUAUUCCACAAGAUACCACUAUUCUCUAUUAUCAACCCAACAAGGCAACCAUACAAUUUGAUCGAAAGUCACCACGCCACAUUGUUGUCGGCCAAAAU